AUGCUGUCGCAGUCAAGUCGCGUUGUUUAUUACGUCACAGUCCAAGCCAAGACAAUCGAUGUCGUCAGAAGUGGGAAAUCUGAAUACACGUCUUUUCUUUCGAAGGGAUUAUUGUUUUCAACAACCAAGAUGCUCCUCUUACCCUUCUUGGCCAUGGCAACCCACGAAAUCAAGAAACUGAUGGCAUUACGUGACCCUGACAAAGUUCCCAAUGAUGACCUCCUCGUCAGGGGAGUUUAUGUUGUCCCAGGCCAGCCUCCCUCGUGCAUGCCUUAUCAUCUGGACGACCUGAUCCCCUCGCCGACAGACCCUAACAACCACGUGUGCGACGACUGUCGGUCCGCCGCCAACAUUUAUUGCCCACCGGUCUGGACGGCCAUGUUGUUAUGCCGACACGCCAGAACCAUAUAAAAGAUCUAUGGAGGAGAGUUCCUUGCCGGC